AUGCACAAACUCCAUCAGAAAGACCUGCUACUCGAAUUCCCGUUCUAUCCUGACGAGAAUCGAAAGUGGGGCCGAGUCGAUCUCUCGCCAAAGAAGAAGAUUCUGUUCACCCCAUACAAAAAUGUCAGCAUCCGCAUUGUCAACAAUGAGGAUGAGGCUGCCAUCGUCCGUAUCACGGAUCUACUCGACAAGAAUGACCAGCCGGAACUGGACGACAGGAGCAAUCUGGACCCCCGACAAAGUCAGUCUCACCAGAUUCGCGGCGGUCCUUGGACGGAAGAAGAAAUUGCGAUCACGAAGGGCAAGCAGCUCGCAUACGCGUUGAAACUACUGCGUACGCGGGAAAAGGGCAAGAUUGAGAUGAGGGUAGACACAUUUGCAGAGGAAGAGGGAAAGGAAGAGGAAGAUUUGGUUGGAUAG